GCGUGGGCGUGGUUUGAAGUUGAGAAAGAGGCUUGGAUUUAUUGCUCCGCCUCUACAUGUGGCUCCUGAUUUGAACAUAUCCGAGUUGGAAGCAAAUAGUUGUGAGGUUGCCGGUACUGGUGGAGCUGAACGUGGUAUUUGCACAUGGCGGAUGACUUGGGAAACGAGUGGUGGGAGGAGCCAGCCGGUGACGCUUCUAAUUCAGGUAAGCGACUGAGUUUGCGUCGAGUCUCUGAACCGGCAGAAGAAGUGAAGGAAAGUGAAGAAUCUAAAGGAAACAAAAAGAAAAAGAUCCCAUCAGGCAAAACCCAAGUGAAGAGAAAGAAAGAGGUAAAAGUGUCGCAAGAAGCAGAAAAAGAAGAUUCGGCGCCAAAGAAGAAAAGAAGAAAGAAGAAGACAAUUUCUGAUGUUCUUGCUCAACAUGCUCCAACAGCAGGCACACCAGAGGAUAUGCAGAAGCUGGUGCUAGAGCACUUUGAAAACAAACGGUCUGUGAUUGAACUGGAGGAACUACAGAUACCAGAUACGUGCUUUGUGAAAGAAAACGACCUUACACAUACUCUGUCCUCGUACUUGAAAGAGAUCUGUCCCAAAUGGUCAAAACUGUCCAAGAACCACAAGGAGAAGAAGUCUGUCCUGCUGUUGGUUGUCUGCAGCUCAGCCCACCGUACUCUGGAGCUUAUUAAGUUGAUAAAUGCAUUCAAAGCUGACACAAAGGUGAUGAAGUUGUUUGCAAAGCACAUAAAGAUAAAAGAUCAAAUAAAUCUUCUGGAAAAAAAUGUUACACAUAUUGGCAUAGGAACGCCAGGAAGGAUUAAGGCUUUGAUAGAUCAAGAUGGAUUAAGCUUGGAAUCCAUGAAAUACCUGGUGUUUGACUGGAACUGGAGAGAUCAGAAAUUGAGGCGGAUGAUGGAUAUUCCAGAGGUGAAGAAAGAAACGUUGGAACUCUUGGACAGCGGCCUUAUCCGUGCGAGUAGAGCAGGGACUCUGAAGAUUGGCCUCUUUUAAAUAAAGACGUUUCCUUUGCCUCCAUGUUUCAUUUUAGAUGAUGUGUUUUCCAACGGAGAAAUGUGUCCCCAAUCUGCAUAUUAAUCUUUAUCCCUCAUUCGUGUGUAAUAAAGUUUUAUCUCAAAUAA